UCUUCCUUUGAGCGGUUAAGAGAGGAGAGUUCCACUGUGAGCGAUGGCGUCUGUGAGUAAAAGCGAAUAUCUGAAACGUUACAUCUCGGAGGAUUGCGACAAGAAGAAGAAGAAGAAGAAGAUUAAAAAGGGGCCCAGGCCACGGAUAUUUGAUGAUGAUGUCGACCUGAAGUCUUUGAUGCCUGACAAUGCUGGAAAUAACUUGGAUGAUGAUUUACAGGAAAACCUUCCAACGGUGGCAGACUAUAUUGAUGAGCGUCCGGUUCUUGUCCAGCAAUUAGAACAGUUCCAAGAUGCCAACCGAUGGAAAAUGGUUGCAAACAAAGUUGAAGAUGGUGAGAUCAUCUCAGACAAGUCUGAUGGAGAGAUAGAGGAUGAUAGCCACCACGCGUCUCCAAAAAGUGAUCUAUCAAGCACAGAUUCUGGAAUGUCUUUGAAGAAAAAACAGUCAACCGACAGAAAGAAGCGGUACCACAGUUCAAACACAGACAAAGAUGGUCGGUCAUUAAAAGAUGACCUCAAGAAUAGAAGUCUGGACAGCAGUGAUAGCUCUGAUGGUCAAGAUGAUUCGGGUCCUGAAAGGUCUCCCAGCAGACGGCUCAGGCAUAAUCUAGCUUCAGAUAAAUCCCCCACCCAUGGGUCAGCCAGUGAUUCUGACCAGCAUUCUAAGCAUAAAAGACGGUCAUUGAAUCAAUCAGAUUCUGAUCAAUCAAUGCCAAGACAUGGCAGACAUGAUUCUGACUCUGAAGAUACUCUGCCAAGACAGAGUCGACACAUGUCAGAUUCUGACCAUUCUCUGCCGAGACGUGGCCGACAUAAGUCAGAUUCCGAUAAUUCUCUGCCGAGACGUGGUAGGCAUGACUCGGAUUCUGAUCAAUCGGUUUCAAGACAAAACAAGCUGGAAUCAGACUCUGACCUUUCCUCGUCUGAUUCCGAUCAGCCAGUUCCACGUCGAAGACAGUAUUCAGGCUCCAGGUAUCGGCACCUUGCUAAUUCAAGCCACACCUCACCAAAACGUCAAGUGGAUUCCGACAACUCAUCCCAUCGUAAAAAGAAGGUGAUGGACUCAGACUCUGAUCUCUCUCCUGUUCGGUCAUCUCAUCGAGGCUCCACAACAUCACCACAACGAAAGAGACGCUCUAGACCUGGUCAGAUGUCACCAUCACGAUAUAACCAUUCUAGUGCCUACCCUAAGGACCGGCAUGCAACGCAACGAUCCCAUGACAACGAUGAUUCUGAUCUCUCCCCUCCUCGUCAUGGACACCGUCACAGUUCUUCAGCAUCACCACGAAGCGCUGAUGGGAAAGGAAGACCCCAGAGAACUCUAGGAGGAACCAGAGCUGGUCUGUCUUCAGCUGCAGAGACGAGGAAAGAGAUUCGUCACAUGCGACAGAGAGAAAACAAGUUAUUUCAGCAGAUGGAUACCUCAGUAUCAGGUAAAAAUGCGGAGACUGUGAUCCGGGAUCGAUCUACAGGACGUAGACGUGACAUGAAGCAGGAACUCGCCAAAAAGGAAGAGGAACAGAAGAAGAAAGCUGAGAAGGAUGCGAAAUACGCCGAAUGGGGGAAAGGUUUAAAACAGAAAGCCCAGCAACAACAGGCUGUUCAAGAUUCUGUCUAUGAGAUGUCCAAGCCUCUGGCCAGAUAUAAAGAUGAUAAAGAUCUUGACCAGAUGUUGAGGGAGAAAAUUAGACCCGAUGAUCCAAUGUUGGCCUUUAUUAAGAAGAAAAAGAAACCAGACAAAAACGUGAAAGAAAAACCAAUGUAUAAGGGACCCCCGGCGCCCCCUAACAGGUACAACAUCCAGCCUGGUUACAGAUGGGAUGGAGUGGACCGUUCGAACGGUUACGAAACACAACUGUAUGCCAAGAUUGCAGAGAAGAAAGCCACAGCACAGAUGGCCUACAAGUGGAGUGUUGAAGAAAUGUAAAUAGUUAGUUUCAGCAGGGAGGGCAUGGGUGGGUUGGGCUGGUUGUUAAGUGGCAACAUUUGGCCAGGCACCUUGGCAAUGCUGGACAUUGGCAAAGAUGUUGAAAACUCCUCUUAACUGAUGAACAUAUGAAGACAUUGGUGUGUGUGUGUGUGGUGUUGGGACUGACUCACACACACACAGAGAAACCCUCGCACUCAUAUUCAGGGGUCAUCCUAUGUCAAACCCAUGUGUGCUUCUGCAUGCACCCAUAAACUUAAUCACAUCAACACACAAAACAAACGGACAUCAUCAUCAUCAUCAUCAUUAUUAUUAAUAAUAAUAAAGGAACCAUUAUUACUAC